ACGCGUUUUUCUUGAGACAAAUUUUCACGGACGCGAAAAGUAAUGAAAAAUGGAACCAAAAAAACUGAUAAUGUGGUAAUAAUUAUUUUACCGCAAUUAUUUAUCUUUGUUUACAAAUUCAGAAUCUCGAUGUGAUAUUUUGAAAUUGGGCAGGGAGCCAGUUCGCUAUAAAUAAAACUUAUGCACUGCAAACUAUGGUGUACGAAAAAAAUUGGUAAAUAAAUAAUUGAUGAAAAAGCGGAUAUAGAUGGAAUACACGCGUGUUUUUGUGUUUCCAUUAGUAAAUAUGUGUGGACUGGAGUGUUUGUCUAAACAGUAAACGGUUGACAGUUAAAGAUGUUAGUGUUUCCGUGGUGGUGAAUUAAUAAAAAUGACUGAAUCAAAGAGUGGUGAUAAGCUGACCGUGUCUACGGAGACCUUCGAAUCUCCUAGAAGGAUCAGUAGAACACCCCUUAGGAGUUCUAUACCCACGCAGUCCUUGGAGUCUCGGCUCUGGGAUCUGCUACAGCCUGUGGCUAGACUAUGGGGGCUCAUUACGGCGUUUGUUUGUUUAGUAAUGAGCGGCGCUGGUGCUGAGCUUGCAGUUUUACAAUACGAAGUUGCACCAGGAUUGAUUGCAGGUGCGGCCUUCGUGUUCAUUCUGGAGACGAUGUGGGUGGUGGCUCUGUUCGUGGACCUGCUGUGCCGGCGCGGGGACUACUCCCUCAAGCUGCGGUGUUGGGACUUCACCAGGUGGUCGUGUGGGAGAGCCCGCGCGCCGUUGUAUGCUUGCGCCGCGACCGCCAUCUUGUUCGCUAAUCUUACCGUGCUGGCUACUGUUGCAGGUGGAAUGCUUUUGGUACUGGCCGCUUUGAGAGCGGCUGUUCCUUUCUCUCCGUAUGCCUCCCAUGGGCCCCACUCUCCUAAAGCGGGAAGCUCUCUAUUGAGUCAACACGACACGCCUCUGCCUGAUGUGUACUACAACGCUGGACAGAAUGAUGAACGAUUCGAGGAGAUGACUCUUCUGAGCGUGCAAGCCCCGAGCCGGUCCCGGUCUCCGUCACCGGCACCGAAACCAGCGCUGCUAGAGCUAUAGCGAGUAGUCAUUUGUAUUAAGUAUUUAAGCAUAAAUUAUAAAAUUAUGACGUAA